AUGGUGCAGCCAGACACCGAUACCAUUGCGCGCAUACGGAAGUCUACUGCGGAGACGCGCGACCUACAGCGUGGCGCCAUGGACCUUGACGCGUCCGGCACUGAGACGCGUCUCGAACAGACGGUGCGGGAACUCCAAGCACGCGUCGACGAACAACAAGCUGCUCUGGAUCAGGUCAGAAUCUAUAACCAAAAGCUACGCCGCUCUUCGCACGUCAAUAUACAGCAAGCAGCCUACGCCUCUGGAAACCCACGUGACAAGCUGAAGCAACUGCGCGCAGUAAAGGCCGCGUACACAAGUCUCACGCCAGUUGCGCCGUUUCUGCCGUCAAAAGACUCCGUGCUGCCCGCCUUGCUCGCAACCCGUACACUACAGCAGAACGUCCGGGGCACCAAACAAGCCAUAGCCAGCACUGAGGCACAGAUCACAUCUAGCGAAGCUCUACUCAAGCAGGAAGAGGCGAAUCUGCAUGAUGCAAAUCUAAUCGAGGAAGCUCUGCGCGACCGGACGGUGAGACUGGAAGCUCAGAUCGAGGACCGAUCACAGAAAGCACCUGCACAGCUUGCAAAGGAACUCAUCGCUGCUAAGCGUGCUCAAAAGAAAAGGCACGACGAGGAAACGCAGCGUCUUGGUGAUGCCCUCAACGAGUUCGUCGACGACUACCUCUCCGCUAUGCUUGCUGCGGAAGAGCUUGGCGGUCCUGUCGUUGGCGACAUGCUAAACGUUGAGAACGAAACUCUCGCAGCUGGCUUUACGAAGAAAGGAAGGGCGAAAGCUGCGAAAAAGCCCGUGUCUGACAACAUCCGGCAACGCAGGAUCGAUCAAAUCUGGGGCAGCAGAGCUGCUGUUGAAGAAGAGGAAGAGCCGUUGACUGAAGCCGAAGCUGCCGACGCCGAGAUGCGUGAGCUCAUUGGGAUCUUGUUCAAGACCUUGACCGGGCCUGGCGGUGGAAGGGCCUACCAUCAGCUUGAAAGGGACUCUGCUGCCUCGCGAUUCCUCGUGAGGGCGAAGAUCGCGCAGUUCCAUCCAAAAGAUGCCCAGAAGUUGCGGCUCAUCGACUUCGGAAGAGAGCUGGAUGACUGA